CUGCACCCAUGCAUUGUGUUAUACCCGGAGCUCAAUACGAAAGACAUUGUAUUUCAUUUUCAGAAAACGUAAAGUUUAUUUUGUGUGCGGCAUGGUGAUCUUUGUAAGCGAAUUGUCUGUAGUGUUAAGGUGUGAUUUUUUUCUAAUGUUUUAUCAUUGCGUUAGUAAAUUGCAUAACACACAAGUACACGAACAUUAUUUAAACGCACAGUGUAUUAUCGGAGGUUUUAAUAUAAUAUCUCUUGUUAAAACUACCACGGUUUAAACAGUAAUGAUGUGAUUAACACUAUCAUUUUGUAAAGAUAAUCAUACAAACGAGCUACAACCCAACCAUUGAUUCGAUUUCUGACUCAGAUUUGACAAGGAAGGACUCGUCAGUGAUUUAACUAGACAUACAGAUGAUAUACUGGAUCUGAUAGGUAGACAUUGGAUCUAAAAAGCUCCAGUAAACAUCAAGAAUACAAUUACAGAAAGAAAACAAAUAACCUUAGCUGGGCUUGAACCACUGAACCCAGGAGUAAAAGUCUAACGCUUAGACCACUCGGCCAUCAAUGCUCAUCCAAUGAGAAGAAUGCAAUAUCGUUAAACUGUGUGGUGGCAAACAUUUACCUUGCGAUUUCGGGCGGAAAGACCGGGAGUCAAAUUACAUCCAGGCUCUGAGAUGAUGGGGAGUGAACGUGGUUCAAAUCCAGGUGUUAAAACAACCGAGACUGAAAAACUAAAACAAUUCAAUGCAAACCUUAUUAUAUCCGUCAUUGGAAAUAUACAGAAAGGGGAGGAACAAAAUGACGCCCGUCAACUUGUGCUUAGGUCACUGGCAGAAAUUGCAGAUAGCAGGGGCACGUGGAUUAUCAGUUUUGGUACGAAAGAGGAGGCCAUUCAGUUUCUUGAGUUGAAGCAGAGCAGUUACAAUGUCAACGAGAAAUCAAUCGAAUAUCAUAAAACGACGUUUGGUGAAGGCAUUCUGGCACUGGAUCAAGACGUCAACAAUAAUAUACACGCAGCAAAACAAAAAUAUCUGCUAUUGACUGACAAGACAGAUCUUGAAUGCUAUAAAGACUCUUGUAGCAUGUCAAAAGAUGAAAAAUCGGUUGUCAUUGUUGUCGGAGAUGACUUGCCGGUAUUAGAGAAGGCUCACUACGCCGCCACGCACGGUAUCCCUGUAGUUGUCGUUAAAGGAUCAGGAUCUGUAGCUGAUUUUAUUGCAGCAGGCCACAACCAGUAUCCUUUGACCGACCCGUAUGUUUUGGUAGAGAACGUGCUAUCUACAGAUGAAGCAAUGGUCAUAACAAAAGACAAGACGAAACUCGACAGAUGCGUUCAACUGCGCACAGAAAUUCUCGAAGAAAAAGAAUAUGUUAACAUUUACAAGAACGAUGACGGGACUGAAAUACAGGAUGUCAUUCUUUUAGCCUUAAAGAAAGCACAUCCUGUAUAUCCGAAAUUGCUACUAUCUCUUGCUUGGAGGUGGAACAAAAUUGAUUUCGCUCGCAAAGGGAUACUGUUUCAAAAAACGACUGCUGAGAACGAAACCACAUCUGUAACCAAAGCUGCACUUUGUUCUACCCUAUUUGCAACAUUGGCAAAUGAUCAAGCGGAUUUCGUCGAACUGCUGCUUCGAAAAGAAUUGAAAGUAGACGUCACAACGUUAAUCAACGUCUGUACCUUGCAGAAAUUAUAUAGCAAUGUGCUGGAUCACAAUACCAUGAACGAUUCAAUGAAACUGUUUAUGAAAAAUCAACUGUCAUCGAUGCAUGGACCAGUACUAGCACAUACAAACAAAGACAGUCAUGACGGCAAAGAGCGAACUAAAUCUGACGUUGUUGGCAAUACAAGAUGGGGCAAAAAAGACGAAUGUCAGCCUAACAGGAAAUGUGAGUUGGAUCUAAUCUUGAGAGUUGGACGGCUCCUAUGUCUGAAGCUCAAUGAUGAUAAUAUGCGAAAUCCGUAUCUACCUAAGGAUGCUGACGAUGGAACUGAAAGGAAAAUUGGUUUUGUAGAUCUAUUUCUAUUUGCCGUAUUAUUUAACCGUCGAAAGUUGGGGGAAUGUAUGUGGAGACAUUGCCAGAACAAACUUGGGGCAGCUUUGGUCGCAAGUUCAAUUCUGAAAACAUUUGCAAAGUCUGCAGGACGAAAUCUGGAAUUACAACUGUCGACAGAUCUCAUGAAUCAUUCAAGCUUUUACGAAAAGAAAGCAUCUGAUGUCCUAACGGAAUGUUUCAAGCGAGAUAAGAAGAUGGCUCAGGAUUUGUUGAUAAAGAAACUUGAGCCGCCAUUUGAUUUAAUGAGCCCAUUAGCAUUGGUGGACAAUAAUUACCUCAAAUAUUUCAUGGGUAAUGAAUGUUGCCAAACGAAACUCAACGGGAUUUGGAGAGGAAAAAUUGCAACUCAUUUACCAUGGUGGAAGAUCCUUCUGGCACUUUUCAUGCCAAUUUUCAUAUUUGGAAUCAAGUUUACCACGAAUAACAGACCGUUUAAAGUACAGACAUUUUGCGGCAGGAAACCAAACAGAAACAAGGGGAACCCGGUGGACAACCCGGACGAACAUGCUCAAACAAGUGGCGGCACGAAACGAAAAAUAAACAAGGUGAACCCAGGGGACAAACCGGACGUACUUGCUCAGACAUGUUGCGGCACGGACAAAGCAAAAACAAACAAGGUGGAACAGCAGAACAAACUUCACUACUACUUAAAUAUCGGGAAGGAAUCGUCUAAGCCGCAGUUGUACAGCGUCGGUAUGCGUUGCAAUCAAAAAGAUGGAGUGAUACAAAUAGUUGAUGCCAUGUACUACUUGUACACAUCACCUUUUUCAGUGUACACUCUUAACAUGCUGUCCUAUGUGAUUUUCAUGUUCUACUUCUCCUACUUCAUCAUCGUGGAUUUGGAUGAGGAAACUUCCUUCAGAGAGUACACAAUCUGGGCUUGGGCGGUUACAAUGUUCGUUGAGGAAAUGAGACAAUUGAUCACGCAUAGAACGCCUGGACUCAAUAGCAAAAUCAAAGUUUGGAUUGGAUCCCACUGGAAUAAGUUUGAUCUGCUGAUAAACAUUCUUUUCAUCACGACUGUUGCUUUGAGAUAUGAACUGUCAGGGAAUGCAUUUCAGUAUGUCCGCUUUCUAUACAGCAUCACUGUGGCUAUGUACUUCAUGCGGUUUCUACAAGCAUUUCUUGUUGCCAAAAACAUCGGUCCAAAAAUUAUUAUGAUAAGGAAAAUGUUGGUCAGCCUGCUGUCAUUUUUGGGAAUCUUCAUGGUCUUCUUUGUCAGCUUUAGCGUUAUGUACCAAGCCAAUCUGUACCCAAACUCGCCUCCAAGCGUCUCCCUUUUGAAAAAGUUAGUUUACAAACCAUAUUGGCAAAUCUUUGGAGAACUGUUCUUGGAUGAACUUUCAGGCGAUGAAUAUGGUGAUUGCACAACGAAUGCAACCGUUUGGAGAUCCGCAGGCGGUCAAGGUCGUUGUCCAGAAAACACCCGCCUGGUCAUAUUUAUUGGGGCAAUAUAUGUUAUUCUUACUCAGAUCGUUCUUGUUAAUUUGCUGAUAGCAAUGUUCAGCAACACAUUUGAAAGUGUUCAUGAGCAGUCUAGCCAGAUCUGGAAGUUUUACUGGUACGGUAUUGUGCGUGAAUAUUACGAGAGACCUGUGUUUUGCCCUCCGUUGAUAAUUCUGGUUCACAUUUAUCGCACGAUACGCCAUGGAGUAAAACGAUUACAAAAACGUGUCUCGGACAACGAAUUUCGACUGAGCGAUGAAAAUCUGUAUGGAAAACAGUUGUUGAAAUUUGCUGAGGCUGCAACUGAUCGGUAUCUUCAGCAAACGAUACAAGAACGAGGUGAAAAUAAUAAACCAGAACGUGAAGCAACGAUAUACAAGAAAGUGAAGUAAAUGAUACAAACACGUGCAGUAAUCAUACAAAAAAAAGUUCAGAAAUGUUGACUAAGAACGUGAAUAAAUGACACACAACAACGUGGAAAAUGACAUACAAUAACGUGAACCGAUGGUAUACAUAAUAUGAAGGAAUAAGAUACAUAAACGUUGAUUAAUUAUUCACAAAAGUGAAACAACGGCUAUAAACGUAUAAUUAUCCACAAAUUAUGAGUCAUGCACAUACGUAGACAAACGAGGAUAGUGAUAUUGCAUACUGGUUCUCUUUGUUACUUUAAAAUGUGAAUCGCAAGGUUAUGAGGUUGAAUUUCAAUGUGAAAUCUGCGAUAAAUUGAGUGCCUUUAAACACGUUUAAACCCCCUUUGCCUGACGCCAAGCCUUGAAAUGUGAUUACACCAGUUUGGCUCAGUUUAUUGCAUUAGUAUGUGACUUUUUUCUAGUAUGAACAUGUUUCUUACUUUUAAUAACUUAAAGUGAAUGUAAAUAGGGGUUUGCCUCCUAAUUGUGGUUUAGUAGUUUUUAUAUAUCUUACAUUUUUAUUACUUUUUUUAUUAUUUUUUAUUAUGUUUUAUUUUUUAUUUACUUUUUGAUACCAUUAUUUACUAACAAUGAUUUAUUUUCAAUACGAAAGCCUUUGACAUGUUUAUUAUGAUUUUAUUGAAAUAAACUUACUAUCAUAU